AUCAGUAAGCAGGUUGAGAACAAAAAAAAAAUAUAAAAAAUUUGAAAAAGGCAAACAAUCGAAAAGUUGGUAUGAAAAUAAAAUAAAGGUUUUCGUUUUGUAAAUUCGGAAAAAUAAAGUAAAGCGAUGUGAAAUAUAGGUAAUCGCGGUUCUCAAAUUAAUGCUUCAUUAGUUGUGCGUCGUUACGUGAUCGUCUAUACUAUUGUGGUGAUCGAUCAAAUGAAGUUGAUUACAAUUUUCCUUAUCAUUAAUUGUAAAUUUCGAAUUUCAUGUUCCGAAGUUGUAGUCAAAGAAGCUUAAGCGAGAAAACAUCAAACUAGAACGGAUGAAUCCCCAAAGGAAAAAGGAAUUGAUUAAUAGAAAAGGACCUCUUCUUCAAAAGCAGGAUAUCAGCCUCAGCCUUUGACAUGUUAGUAAACAGCAGGAUGUUAUUAUAACAACCAUUGAGAGAGCAGUGUACCAUAGCUGGCAACCAGAUUUUUUUUCAUCUCCUGCAGUGUGCAUCACUUGGUAUGUUUCAGCAAUCAUUUGUUCCUACAGACCAUAACAUGAAGCUUUUUGAUGAAGGUGGUGUGUGCAAUAACACAGUUAAAUCUCACAUUCUCAUGAGUAAUGUAGUAAGAACCAAAUGUGCCCGUGAAAAUUAUGUGAAACACAUUAUAGAAAUGAAUGAAGAAAAGUGUUUUGAUAAAUUUCAGUUAGAUAUUAACAAGUUUUCAUCCAAUUCCAAAGUGAAAGUGUGGUCAUUGUCAUCCCCAACAAAUGCUGAAGAUGAUAAUGCAUCUGAUUCAAGUGAAGAACUGCAAUAUGGACCUGGUAUAGUCAAUAAACUAAAAACUAAAUAUCUUAGUAUGACUUUAAGAGAGAAUCAGAAAAAAGGUGUACGACCACCAUUAUGUAGCAUGAGAAAAGCCACAAGUUUGGAUAAUUUGUUAGACAAUGACCUCAUGAAUAAGAAGAAAUCAUAUCAAAUCAAUUCGGUUAUCAGUUGCGUUAACAAACUGAAAUAUUCUGGCAAAGAAACCAUGAAUUGUGAAGCUUUGAAUAUUUCUCCUGAUUUGAAACGAGCCCGAUCCAUGGAAACAUUACCCAAUGAUCUAAAAGAACCAGAUUCACCCAAAGUCAGAUUUGCAGUUAGCAAAACUAAAGGUACAAAUCACUUUAAAACUUCAAUUAAACCAUAUACCAAUCUAUUGAAUUUAUCACCACUUGAUCCUAUUGUAAAUGAAGAUGUAAUCAUCAUAGAGAAAAAUACAAUCACAGGAGUAAAAAAUGAAGGACAAAAGAGGCUUUCCCAGGAAAACAAAGAAUUACCUCCACCAGAUAUGGUGAAAGAGACACUUAAAAUAUUUGAAAACUGUCAGAAGAAAUCCGGUGUUGCUAAAAGUUGGAAUAAUUCAAACUAUAAUUCUUUCUCACAUUCUCUAGAAAUUAACUCAAAACCUUCUAAAAUGGAGAAUAAAAUACAAAAUUGUGGCAAACCAGUGCUAUACCCAAAACCAGUUAUUAGUGCAGUUGAUUUGAAAUUGAAAAGAUCUAGUCCUAUAAAAUCAUUUGUUGGAAUGAAUAUGAAUGUCAAAUGUCAUCAGAUAGCUAAACCUGAUAGGAGUAGUGAUGUACAAAAUGGUGCUCUUCAAAAUGGGUUGUCUAAUGUGAAAAAAUUGAAUGUUGAAACUACCUACUCAAAAGUACAUGAUAAUAAUGACAUCUGUACACAUUCCUCUUCUCCUGUAUCUGUGUUGAAGAUUAACUUUCAAACUAAUAAGUCACCUGAACACACUGCUUCUUCAACAUUUAAUAUUAUUCGUUUUAAAGUCAGCACUGUUUCAAACAACAGAAAAUCUUGCUCAGUACUGAACAACAUUGAUACAACAAUUGAAAAAACUAGUUCAUUUAAUCAUACAAAUUCUAUAAUUGAACAAGCUAAUUUAGAUAUAAGUCUUGCUAGUGCAAACAACACUCAGCCUGUUACCAAACAUUUCAGUGGUAAUCAUCUGAAUACAAAUUCCAUUAAUAAACCAUGUGAGAAGAUUGUAGAAAAUGAUACAUGGGUGAAAAAUCAUAAAAAGAUAGAAAACAAUGAGGAUGAAAGCCAUGUUCAAAAUCAUGCUAUGAAUGAAGCUGAUAAUAAAUUCAAGAACAAUAUAUUGAAACCAUCUGAAGGGUUACUAGUUAGACAAGUAGGAGUCAUUAGACCAUUGGUGUCAACAAAGGUUAGCAAUGUUCAACCAGCAUUAACACCACAAGAAAUAGAAAAGAAUUAUAUAAAUACAAAGAAAUCAUUGAAUUUAUCAUCAUCACAGAAUACCUCCAUAUAUUCCAAGGAGCAAUCAACUAAUUCCAAUAACUCACUGAACAGCAUUAAUAAACCUUCAAGUUUAUGGUUUAAUAAACCAUGGAACCAACAUCAAAAUUCCAUGGUCUUCAAUUUCAAAGACAGAAAAGAAGUGCCAGAUUACAUUGAGAAUGAUGGUUUAUUACUGACAACAAAUCAAGAUCGAGCUAAGAAAAUAUUGCAAGAAAGCGGAGGUAAUGGUUAUAUCAUCUUAGGAGUUGAUAGUAAUUUGGAUAAUUCAAUAAACGAGUCCUCCACUGAUGCCCCAACUAUCUCAUGUAACGAAGAAUGGCAGCUUGUAUCUGGCCCUCCAUCACCAUGUAAUGUUAAUUUUGAAGGUGAUAAUGUUGUGAUAAAUGGAAAGUCGAAUUUAAGGAAACAUCCCAGAGAGAAAAAGUUACAUAUCCAGUUCAACGACACCUCAACAACGUUUGAGUACCCAUCAGAAGCUUCUUUAUUAAGGGAAGAUCUGUCUAAUUUGACAAAUGAUUUGAAUAUCGUUCCCAGUAACUUGAUAAGUGUUUCACCUAAUUUAAGUGGCAGCAGUUUGGCUAACUAUGUACCUAGUACGCUUAGCAUGGGCGAAUGUUUUGAAUUGGGCAUCACAAGAAGUAAUGGCGUAAUCAGCAAUGUUGUAAAUUUUUGUGCUGACGAUAAAAUCAUAAAAAAUAGCCAUAGUACAAUACAACACAAUGAAAAUUCUGCCAAUUACCUGAAACCAGCCUCUGAAAAUGAAAACAUGGUGUGGAGCAAAGAAUCCAUUCCUGAUCUUUUAUUUUAAAGUCAAUGUUGUGAAUCCAGUUUCACAGUUUAUUCAGAUAUGAGAUUGUGUUUAAUCAAAGGACAUGAUUUACCCAUGUUGUUUCUGAAAAAUGAAUUAGUUGAAAAUGUGAAUAUUAUUCAUAAGUACGUUUAUUGUUAACAAAAACUGAACUGUUCCUUAUUCAUAAAUUUUUUAUACAAUUCUUUUUUUUUUAGUUUUAAAACUUCCAUCAGCUGUUUUCCUAAAGUAAUGAUCUAAUGAUAAUUGAAACGUUUCUUUCAUUUUUACAUAUAUCUUGUGUAGUGUGGAUUAUGAGUACUUAGAGAGAGAUUAUUAUAAGUAAAUUAUAUUAUUAUAUUGUUCCUUUUUCUUGCAUUUUGUUUGUUGUGCUUGUUAUUUUAAGUUUGUGCAAUAAUUUGUUGCUUUGAUUUUGAAGUUUAUUUUUUUUAAAUGCUGUUUGUUUAGUAGGGAUGUUGCUAAUCUCAGGCUAAAAAAUUGAGGUUCUCAAGUCAAAAGUGUGAUUACCUGUAUGGUUUAUUUUAUGUUUUUGAAUCGUUUGUUUGUGGUUCCUUAUGUGUAGAAACCGCAGUCCUUCUCUUUGCUGUCAUUUGCAGUUACUAUUUCUUUUUUCAAAUUUAAAAAAAAAAAAAAAAAAAAAAACAGAUAUUGCGUAAAGAAACAAGAAAAAGAAAAAUUUCUCAUUCACUUGGCUGAAUCUUAAAAAUUUGUGACACUGUCUAAAUGCCUGGUGAGCGGGUCUGCAAACGGCAACUUUGAGAAAACAAGAAAUUUUUCAUACCUACUUGUAUCAUUGAAAUAAGUUGAGUUUCUGAUGAUUCAUUGUUUAUUUUUCGAAAUUUGUUUGCAUAGCUGGAUAGAUCUCAGUUUUCAGAAUCAAAACAUGUCAAAACCCAAAAUUGUUAAAAGUUGACGAAUUACUGUUAAAAUUUGCGAGGGCUUUUUCAUUAUACGUUCACAUCAACAAAUGAUGUUCCAUGUUUUUCACCGAACGUUUUUGGGUUUGGGUGCUGUUUGGGGAACGGGUAUUCCAUUAAUUUUGAAUUUUCUUUAUUGUUAUUUGUUUGCUAUUUCAAUUUUUAGAUGAUAAUGGUAGAAUACCCCAUUUAGAGUAAUAUCAAUGAAAUACCCGCAUGUAGUACCCAAUCUUUCGCGUGUAUGGGUUCAAAAUAGUUUCAUCAGGUAUGGUACAGACAGAUAUUGCUCGUUUCAUUUUCUCAGGUACCAGUAUUGGGUAUGGGCAUGGGUACCGAAAUUGAUGGAUUUUUGCUCGCAUAUUCGGGUAGGGUAUCAAGCCCUGUUUUUCACAAUUUUAUGUUACUUUUCAAAACAUAUUUUGAUUGAUUUUUUUAUUUAUUUCUCAAAUUUCCUAUACCUAUAUUUUUGAUUAAAAUAUAAAUCUGCUCAAAUUUUUCAUCAUUCCAAAAAAUUUUAUAUAUAUGUAGUUGGUAAUUAUAAUUAACACUGCUCAAAUCAUAUCGUUGUGUUCAAUUUUUGUAUGCAUUUCUUAAAACAAUUUUGCUCUUGUAAAAUAAAUUUCCUGUAUAAUAAUUAAUAAGA